AUGAUGAUCCCACCUUUAUCAAGGCCUCUAAGGAUAAUAGAUUUUCUCAAACCGUAUGUACAGAAAAUUCAUUUUACAAAUAAUUACGUGAGUGCUCUAGUAAUCCACACACCAACUGCUACUAUAGCUUGUUCUGCAAGCUCUCAGGAGAAAGCAUUAAGGUCAAGUUUGGAAACAACCUAUAAUGUAGCUGCAGCUGUGAAGAUUGGGAAGAUACUAGGUGAACACCUUUUGCUCAAGAAUAUAACUGCUAUUAGUAUUCACUUAAAGAGAGAAUAG